GUUCUCACUGGACAAAAACCGUAGGCAACGACGCUGAUGUUGUAAGUAUCAACCGCUAAUAAAAUAUAUAUACACGUUGAGGUAAAUACCUACAAUUUUGCACGUUUCAUCAGUGACGGAUAUUCAAAAAAUGCUUUUAAACGACCAAGCAUCCUGCGUUUGCUUAUAACUGUUGAAAGAAGAUUUAGGAAAAUUAAGUGCUCUUACAAAGCACGCUGUUUUUCACACUUAAAUGAAGUUUAAACUUAUGAGGACCAUGGAAAUUACUGAGUCCAGCUCCAGAGAUGACCACCACUGGGUGGAGAAACUCUUCCCUCCUCGUUUCACUUUCCAAAACCUGCUGGAAAACCAUAACAACACAAAUCCACAAUGCAACAGCUCAAUCAAACCAUCAGAGAUGGAUGAACCCCAGAGGAGCCACAGAAGGCAGAUCUACCUGAAAGCUCUGAAAGAGGUUCAGCAAACUGAGCGACUGCUCAAGAAGGAAGCGCUGGCCAAGAGAAUUAUUAAGCAGGAGCAACCUGUAGAUGAAGGAGCGAACUCUGAAAAUCCAACUGACCAGAGUGAGACUGCGAGACAGAGGUGCAUUUGGAAUGAGAGGGACAUCACUAAACUACGGGCUGGUUUUGAAGAAGUGGAGAGGGACAGAUGGCGGCUAAAGCAACAGCUCAGUCAUACAGAGGAGCAGCUUAAAGCAGAACAUGAGGAAAGGAUGAAGCUGCAAGGCCUGGUGGAGAAGCUGGAGGAACAGUUAAGCCUUUCCAAAAAAAGGGCUGCACGUCAGACCCUCAUGAUAAAUGAUCUGAAGUCAGAGAGCCAAAAAAUGAGCGCUCAGUUACAUAAGCUGACUAUACAGGUCAGGGAAACGGAAGAAGAGGCUGACAGGUGGAAGACAGGUCUGAGGAAAGCAAAAGAGGACAUGCAGCAGAUCGCACAGGAGCGCUCCAACCUCGCAUGGGAACUAAAAAGAGCGCAAGCGCAAUGGAAAUCUGGAGGAGACAGACUGGAAAAAGCGGCUCGGAUAGAAAACGAGGCUGCGCUCCUGCGGCUUCAGAGGGAGGUGGAGCAGACCCGAGCUGACCUGUGCAUAGAGAAAGAGAAUCACACACAGAGUCGCAUGGCUCUCGAACUCUUACGCAGACAUUUUAGCAGCCAAUGAUAUAAAUGUGACUUUAAAUAAAGACAAAAUUACUGUUACCGCACAUAAGAAGUGCCAUUGUUUAUUUUAUUUUCAAUAUGCCUCAACACUUACUCUUUUUGUUUUAAAAUAAAACUUUAUGUACAUAUAUAAUCCUCUCCCACAGUGGAAAAUACAACAGGAAUCUCAUAGGAAAAUGAGUGAAAACAGUGAAAAGAAUAGCAAACAUUAUCAGUCAAACUGCAAAUAAAAGGUGUAUAUAAU